CGGACGCGUUCUUUCGCUCUGACUUUUUUGGCUCGACACUCUGAUACGUUGUGUGUUGUCCACGCGAAUAUCGUUUAAAAAAAUUUGUUUGAAUUUUUCGAACGGUAAAAACCGAAUGGCUUGAUAUUGCAUUUCAAUGUUGGUCGUGUUUUUCAAAGGAUUUCCCAUCAAUCAAAUUCGGUUUUAGUGAAUGGCUCCUUUUUCAUUAGUGCACUCGGGGAAAAUGUAACGAAUAAAAAAAACACAACGUUCGAUUAAAAAAAAAAAAGUAAAAAUAACGGGAAAAUUGUCAAUAUCUCGGGACGAUGUUACUGCGCUCAUUUCUAAUCACAUCGAAGAGCUACAAUAAAUUUUAAAUAAUCUAUAUUUGAUCGAACUAUAUUUGAUCGCAAACCGAUUCGACGGGAUUUAAAAAGGAAAACGCACACCACGAUAAACUAAAUAUAGAACGGUUUAAUUCAGUUCGAUGCGAAUUUAAAUGCAGUGAGUUUUAAGUGAACCCCAUCUGCGGUAGAGAGGAUCACCAAAAUGAGAUAAAUUUUCAAAAUUCCAUCUCUUCGCGUAUAUCGAAUAGAAAGGGAGUUCAGAUUUUAUGUGUAACCAGUGAGAAAUAGCAAUUCUUGGCAAUUCAACGCAUUCGAUACUGCAGCGGAAUUGGAAAAAGACAACCAAAACAUCGACUACGAAGUGCAUAUGAGACAACGCUUGAGAAUCCAGCUGCAGUGCACACAUAAAAUUCGGGGAUUAAAAUUAUUGUCAAGUGUAUUUAACGUCGGAUAAAGAGAGAGAGAGAGAGAGGAAAAAAAAACAUAGGGAAAAGAACAAACAAACAAAACAUUCAAAAUGUUAAUGUUGAACACAUUGAAAAUAGUGCUAAUUGCAUUGAACAUUCUACCAUAUCGUGUAACCCACAGAAAAGUGUUAUUUUUAGCUUAUUUGAUCACAUUAGUUUCACAUGUUAUGAUGGAUGAGCCUCGCUUUGCGCAACCGAUUCCAAAUGUUACAGUUGCCGUUGGGAGGGAUGCAAAUUUACCCUGCGUUGUUGAACAUCUGGGAGCAUAUAAGGUAGCUUGGAUACACAUAGAUCGUCAAAUGAUACUGACGAUUCAUCGACAUGUGAUUUCGAAAAUACCACGAUAUAGCAUCACUUAUGACAACGCAAACACAUGGCAACUUCAUGUCAAUCAGGCGCAGCAAGAUGAUCGAGGAUAUUAUAUGUGCCAGGUCAACACAAAUCCGAUGAUAAGUCAAGUGGGAUAUUUACAAGUAGUGGUUCCCCCGAAUAUUUUGGAUAUCGAGAGCACUCCUUCAUCGGUGGCCGUACGCGAAAAUCAGAAUAUCAACAUGACCUGCCGUGCUGAUGGAUUUCCAGCCCCAAAAAUUAUCUGGAGACGGGAGGAUGGCGAAUCAAUAACUGUGGAACGAAAAAAGAAAGGCAAAACAUCACCGGUGUACGAUGGAGAAGUGUUGCCGUUAACAAAAGUCAGCCGCAAUGAGAUGGGAGCAUAUCUAUGUAUCGCUACGAAUGGGGUGCCUCCUAGCGUUUCCAAACGCAUUAUACUGGAUGUCGAAUUUUCACCAAUGAUAUUCGUCCCAAAUCAGCUAGUUGGCGCACCAGCUGGAACUGAUGUCACAAUUGAUUGUAAUACAGAAGCACAUCCAAAAGCAAUAAUAUAUUGGGUUUAUAAUUCUGUCAUGGUAUUGCCGAGCAAAAAGUACAAGAUCGACUUCACGGAAAACUCCUACAGAGCACACAUGAAGCUCACAAUAAGGAAUUUGCAGUAUGGGGACUUUGGCAACUACAGAUGCAUAUCGAAAAAUUCUUUAGGUGAAACGGAGGGAUCAAUACGCGUCUAUGAAAUUCCCCUACCGUCAACGUCCAAGCAACUAACCCAUGUGAUCAGCGAACCGAAAGAAACAAAUUCGGUGUUACGCAACGACACAACUCGAGUUGUUCAACCUGAAGUCAUAUUUCGUUCUGACACACUGGGUCAAACGAGCAGCAACACAAUUGCCGGCUCGUCAAACAAUGCCAUCGAUCAACGCAAAGGCUCCGUAGCAAUUGGUCAGAGUGUCUUCUACACGGAAUAUCCACCACAAGACUAUGGAAAUUCGGGCAAUUCACCGCAUCAAUUCGCAUUGAUUGGAUGCGCCAAACUGCUAUCGAUACUUUUCCUCGGCAAGUAUUUGUUAUUGUCAUAAAACCAUAUCCCGAAAAAUACACAUUGUUAAUUUUAAUUGUACAUAUUUUCCGAGAGUCUAAUGUGUAAGUGUAUGUGAUUUUUGUGUAUUCUCGGUUUUUGGAACUUGGAACUAUAUUCCGAUAAAUUGUAAAAAGCUUUUCUUAUUAGAAUUUAAACAGAAAGAAAAAAACACCUAAAAUAAAAAAACCAAAUCAUUCGUUUCGCAUAUAAAAACGGUGCUACCGUAUUUUGUUUUAAAUUCCAAGAGAAAGAAAAAAAAUGCAUUAAAAGAAAUAUAAAUUUUUAUUCCACAAAAAAAAGACCAAGUUGAGCACAUUGGAAAUCUGAAAAUAUCUAUGCAAUGAUUAAGAAUAGUGUCAAAAAAAACAGACAAAGUAUAUUUUAAACGAAUUACUAUUACAUGAAAUAACAACCAAAUGAAAAACAAAAACCUGCAUCACGAAUUGUGUAAAAUAUCGUUGAAAUGAGGAAAAUUAUUACAUUUUGUAUCAUUUUCGCGCGCGUUACUCUGAUUUGCAUAUAAUAAUAAUUAAAUGAAUUAACAUCUGUAUCGACUAAAAAUAUUGACUAUAAAAUGUUGAAAAUGAGCUGAUGUCAAUAACAUUCCACUCAAAAUCAGCCCCCUUCCCACGUGCGUUCCCAUCAAAUAAAUAAUAUGAUUAGCAUCGAGUGAAAAUAGUUUGUGAUAUCAGCCGAUGACAUGUUAUGUCGUGCUCUUGCAAACGUGUUGAUGGGCCCAAUGAUGAUAAUGGAAAUUAUUCAAAAAUUCAUUUUGUCGAAAUAUGAAUGAGUCAGCCGGAUUAAUGAAUCGUUUUGGAUUUGAAACAAAAUUCAGAAUGAUUCGUGUUAUGAAAAUUCACUGGAUUUUGGAUGAUUGUUUAGCUUUUUUUUUUUCAUGAAUUGACUCAUUGACAGUGUCGUGACAUGUAAUUUCCGCUUAACAAAAACCGAAAAAAACGGUUGACAAGGUAAUAUUAAAUACCAUUUCAGAUGCACACGAAUUGACAAAAAAUAUUUCAAAUUUAUUUUUAUGCUGAAAAAAACAUUAAAUGUGAAUUUUAACUAUUUAAUGAAUCGAUUUGUUUUCAGUUUUGUAUAUUUUAUUUAAAUGAGCAAACGAAAAGAAACCACAUUAUAACUUAUUGUUGAGCAUUUAGCUUAAAAUUGUACUAGUUUCAUUAUAUUUUUCAGCUAAAUAGUUCCCUUGGUCCAAAACUCAAAUCAACCAUUCUGCACAGCCAAUUGCACCUAAAAAGAAACUUAAAUACUCUGUUUAUAAAUAAUAAAAAAAAUCCUAACAAUAAUGAUUUAGACUAUUGAAAAUCCAAAGCUAAACAGCUCACCAUUGAAGUUAUUCUUAAAUGUUUCAAGUCAUGAUAUGGGUAAGAAUGAUUGUUAAAUCAAGAAAGAAAAAAAACUUAUGUUGAACAUUUGUAAUUGCGCAAAAUGUGCGCAGAAUUGUCAUUUUGUUUGCGAUUGCAAGCAAACGAAACGGCUACAAAGUUUGGCCGUCGUUUUGAAUGUACUUGGACUGAAUAGAAAAAAAAGUUCAAUCAGCUUAGUCGAUUGAAGGGACUUUGUGGCUCAUGCUGAUUGAAUUUAUAUAUACAUAUGUCAAAUGCUGGCCAAAGCCUCUUAAACUAGUUAACCCACAUAGACAUACACACAUACACAGCAUUUGUCCACAUGAAAAUUCCCGUAUAUGUAAAAAAAGAGAACUUGUUUUACAUGAAGAAAAAAAAAACAAGAAGAAACAGCAGCGAAAAGAGAUAAACUUAGACAACGCGCAGUACAUAAGGUCCCGCUGAUAUUGUUUUUAAAUUCGUUAGAUGUUUAAAAACGCCUAUAUAUCAUUUUCUUUGUGCAAACGAGACUAUGAUGAUUCUCGAUGAAUGUAUAAUAUCACUUUCACUUACGUAGAACGAAACAGAUCUCAUCUUCCACCAACAACAACAUAUAUUAGUUGAUUAUUUUUCUACAAACAUAAAGAAAGCACAAAGCCAAUCUUACAAUAUAACAACGAACAUCAGCGAACAUUUUGGUGCUCAAAUUCAUCAAACGUCAUUCGUUUGGUUGUAGUAAAAUUUUUAUUUGUCGUUUUGUAAAUAAGAAGUGCAUUAACAUUGACUCAAUUUCCAGGUAUUAGAAUGUAUCCUCUGAAUUGAAAGCUUUUUGGCUCCUGAGGGCCAAUCAUUUCAUGCAAUAUGUUUGACUAGUUCCUCAUCGUCUUCACAUCCGAAAAGCAUGUGUUCUCUCUUCCAUCUCACCCGCUCUUCCCCACUUUUAUCUAUCUUUCAUUCUGCUUCUCAAUCGAUGUUUAUCUACAAUUCUAACAAUGCAACUAUAGUAGUAUCGGUGGUAAAAAGCCCAGCUUAACACUUAUUAUUGACUAGAGAUUUAGUUUGAAAUACUGUUCGGCAUUUGUCCAAGGGGCGAGUUACUACUGAAACUGGAUCAUUACGGGACUGGAUUCAGUACUUUUCAGUACCUGGUAAUUUUUUUUCAGUAGUUUUAAUAUCUCAUAUAUUAUAUGAAUGGUUUGGAGCGAAAAUGUAUCGGGUGUAUGCAUUAGUUUUAAAGAAUUUCCACUACAGAUGGCGUAACUUGUACUAUAACGCAUCGGGCUAUACUGUAACUAUAUUCACGUAAAAGCCACAUCAUUUGACAUUAGUUUUCAGUAGGUGUUAUUUUACC